AUGGUUGCUGAUAUCCAUUGUGGGCUCAGGUAUCUGGUUAGUGGUUUUGCGCAGGACGAGACUUCUGAGGAGGAGUAUGUGGAUAUGGAUACCGACGAAGAAGAACUUAAUGCAGGUAGGACAGUCGAUGAGCAUGAGUCGCUCGCUUCUCAUUAUGCGGGAUCCGGGCCUAGCGGCAAAGCUCCUACACAGGUUGAGAUGCAUGGCAAAGCCGCGCAUGAACGACCUGUUGGUUCUAUGAAGGGUGGUAUUCCGAAAAAGAAGAAGACCGCUCAUAAACCAUACGUUGGUCAGCGCUCCUAUGGAGUGGAUUUAGGAGACUUCGCCGACGGAGAGGAAGGGUACUAUGACAAGGGCGAGCUUCCACCGGAUCCCGUAUUCCCUGGUUCUGAUAAUCUGGAUAGCUUCCUGCAGCAAAUGUGCAACGCCAUUCGUGACGAUUCCAUGGAUGUCGAUACGAACCUUGAUACUGAGCAGGUUAAUAGCAUUGAGCCCGCCAUUCCAUGUUCAGAUUACUUGAAGAAUCCAAGCAUGGAUAUUGGGGAAAAAGAAUCUUCUGUUCCUGCUGCAGAUGUCGUAUCAGAGAGGCCCGUUGAGGAUGAGGCUUUUCAUGAUGUAGGUCUCGAGAAACAGGAGUAUCUCUCUGCAUCAAAUUUUUCAGGACCCGACAUUGGAUUAUCAGUCGACAUGUUGGCUGAACAGGCUACCAGAGGAACCGUGGGACCACCCUUUGAGAGUGAUUUAUUCACAGUACCAGUCAGUGGGACCGAUUCAGUAACGACCCCCGGCACAUCCAGUUUACCUCGGAGUGACAGAUGA